UCUUUGGUAGUAAUUUUGUGUGUCGAGAUACGAACACAGGAUGGUUAAGUUUGUCAGUUCGACUAUUUUGACGAAUCGUUCUUAAAAGUAUUCCAAGUAUUUUUAAGUAAAUAUUAAUUAUUGGUACGAAUAUGAGAUGUCGUUGAAGCGAGCCCUGCCCAAAGAGACGGAGAAGGACCGGGAUGCAACAUGUGCUCCUUCCGAGGCUGCGAAUGAAGUGGAAUGUGGGUUUAAGUUCCUUGCCACAGUGCUGGGACUCAAAGGCAAAGCGGUCUCCAAAAAGGAGGUCAUAAAUCUAGCAUUAAAUGAAAUACGGUUCCAAGUUCACAAACAGAAAUCACUUAAGGCACUGGUCAAGAAAUAUUCGGAAGAAAAAGCUGCUCACCAGUCCAAAUUGCACUCCCUUUAUCAAGCCGUGCAGAUAUCGCUGGCAUCGCGCGCGCGCAGUGAAGCCCCGCACGUCGCUCGCUCAUGGAGCUGCUGUGCGUGGAGAGGCUGGCGGAGCCCAAGUGCGCGACCGCCCACGACCCGGCCAUCUUCCGCGACAUGCGCGCCUUCGCGAGCCUGCUGGCCGAGGAGACUCUGGGCAUGCCGCCCUGCGACUACUUCCGCUGCGUGCAGACGGAGAUGCGGCCCUACAUGAGGAAGGUGGUCGCCACGUGGAUGAUGGAGGUGUGCGAGGAGCAGCGCUGCGAGGACACGGUGUUCCCGCUCGCCGUCAACCUGCUGGACAGAUUCCUGUGCCGCUGCCGCGUGCCCAAGCAGCAGCUGCAGCUGCUGGGCGCCGCGACGCUGCUGGUCGCCUCCAAGCUGCGUCAGAGCCAGCCGCUCGCCGUCGACCUGCUCUGCUACUACACGGACGACGCCUUCCGGCCCGAGGACCUGCACGCGUGGGAGCUGCUGCUCGUGACGAAGCUGGAGUGGCGGCUGAGCGCAGUCACGGCGCUGGACUGCGCCGACCACGCCUUGCAGCGGCUGCCCUGGGCCGGCCAGAGCCCGCUGCUGCGCGCGCACGCGCACACGCUCGUCUCCGUCUGCUGCACCGCCGCCGUCUACGUGGGGUCGGCGCACCCCCGCGAUAUGGGCCUGGCCUUGAACCCCGGAGCGGCGCGGCUGUAG